AUGGAAAACAAACAUCAAGUUAUAGUACCAUCGUACAGUCAGUUUGCGUGCAUAGGCACCGGCAUUAGUGCCAUUGCUCUUGGUGCAACACUCCAACGAUGGUAUCAGAUGGAUGACAUCCGGUUUUUUGAGAGACAUGGGGACUCUGGUGGUACAUGGCAUAUUAGCUCUUAUCCCGGAUGUGCUUGCGAUGUGCCUAGCGCCUUAUACAGCUUCUCAUUUGCCUCGAACCCCGGAUGGACUAAGCUGAUGCCAUCGUAUCGAGAGAUCAAGAAAUACCAAGAGGAGGUUGCGGAAGCUUAUUCUCUUCGCGAUAAGAUGCGAUUUUAUAAGCAGGUGGAUGAGUGCAUUUGGUGCGAAGAAUCAUCUCGCUGGUUGAUGAUUAUUCGUGACGUUCGCACUGGCGAGAUCAUGCAUCAUGAAUGUGACAUUUUUCACUCUGCUCGAUGGAACCACGAUGUCAAUCUCGAAGGAAAGAAGGUGGUGAUUAUUGGAAACGGAUGCACCGCUGCGCAAAUUGUCCCGGCUAUUGUGGACCGCACGGAGUCCUUGACACAGAUUAUUCGCAGUAAGCACUGGGUUUUCCCAGCAGGGAACUUCACCUAUCCACCUCUUCUACAAUGGAUUUUCCGCUGGACCCCUUUUACGAUGCAACUUCACCGCUUCCACAUUUUUCUCAUGGCCGAAAGAUUUCCGUUUAUUCCCCAUGACCAAAGCAGCCGCGAGGCUACGCGAGAAGUAUCGACAGCGAGUGAAAAGCGUCGAAUCUUCGAUUGUGGAUAUCUUGAAUCGCUGAACAAAGACAAACUCCACCUGACAGAUUCCAAGAUUCUUGAGAUCACCCCAGAUGGAGUUCAAACGGCAGAUGGUCAAAUUCCCGCGGAUGUGAUUGUACUGGCUACAGGGUUCAAGACCAACAAGUUUGUCCCAUUCACAGAUAUCAGGGGUCGCGAGCGUACAAUUGAUGAGCACUGGAAGCGCUGUGGUGGACCAGGGGCAUAUAACUGCUCAGUCCUAAGUGGCUUUCCAAACUUCUUCAUGCUACUAGGUCCGAAUGCCGCCACUGGGCAUACCUCUGCCGUCAUGGCUUCAGAAAACUCGGUCAACUACGCUCUCCGAGUACUGAAGCCCGUCCUGGAUGGAAAGGCUGUAGCAGUAGAUCUCAAAGAGGAUGCAGAAGUUGAAUAUGUUAAUUGGGUACAGGAAGCCCUACGCCAGCGUAUAUGGAAUGCUGGAUGUGCUUCGUGGUACAUCAACGAGAAGAAAUGGAAUGCGAUGGCGUACCCAUGGACCCAGGGACAUUACUGGUAUCGCAGUCUUUUCCCCGUUUGGUCGCACUGGACACAAAAGGUAGGGCAUCUCGAUUGA